AUGACCGACCGAGUGAGGGACCGCAACCUCGCCCGAUCAUCCUCCCACAUCGCUGCGGCCGGUACCGACUCGCCCAGCGGCUCAGUACGACCACGUAACAGACUAUUGAUCAGCACGGACGGCAAUGGGCCCUCGAACCAAACGUCGGGCCUCCUGUCCGCCCUGAGCCCGGCGACAAGCCGCUCGGUCAGCCCGCUACCACGAACGAGAUCGCUGGGCGUCAGCCCCAGCCGACCUACCAACUCGUCCACGGGCGACCUCGGACAAUUCUUCAGCGAUUCUUGGAACCAGAGCUGGUCCUCGGUGCAAGACUUGACAAGCUCCCUCUUCAACAGCAGCAACGGGCCAUCGUCCCUGGGCAAGGGGCUGCUGAACGGCGAUGGUGGUCUCAAGGCUUUCCCUCGCGGACGCCGAAUGUCUACCAGUGGAGGGCGAAAAGCCAAUGCCUCGUGGGGUCCGGCACCGCCCACGUCGGCACCGAGCUUGGAUGACAGGCAGGCUGCCCUCAAAGCUGCCCGUACAGCCAGCGUGCUAGAGAGCCACACGGGGGUGAAUGGCGGGCUGGACGUGUCGGGCAAGCACAAGCGCCGGAACUCGGACGAGGCCGCCACGGGCAACCCGGGGCCUGACGACUACCUGGUCUAUGUGCACUGGGUGCAGGCGAGCGACACCUUUGCCGGCAUCGUGCUCAAGUACAGGUGCAGGGAAGAUGUCUUUCGACGGGCCAACGGGCUCUGGUCGAGGGACAGCAUUCAGACCCGAAAAUGGGUGACCAUACCGGUGGAUGCCUGCGACGCGCCGUCAUGGCGCAACGCGCAGGGCGUUGAUUUGCUUGCACCCACACCCGCCAUCGAAGACGCAUCGGCAUCCAAGGCGACCCACGAUGACUACUUCAGCAAGGCAAACGGAUCCGGCGCCGACGAGGCGCAGGCCGAAGAGGAGGAGAAACCGUGGCAGCACGUUCGCUGGGUAAAGGUUGACUCGAUACCAGAACCCGUCGAGAUCGGCCGCGUUGCCAGGGGCGCCAUGGGGUACUUCCCGCCCAGGAGAAAGAAGAGCAUUAGGACCAUAUCCUCCCUUUCUACGCCGCGACAGAGCUUUGAGAUCGCCUCAGGACCUCCUGGCUCCGCCGAGGGACCAUCUUCCCGCCGCCCUAGUUCUCUCAGUAGCCGCCCCGCGUUCCCGGGGACACCACCUUCGAACCGCAGCCACGAGAGGCCUGCAUGGAUGAAGCGACCUGGUGGUGUGGGCUCCAUGGGCAGGAACGACAAGCAUAUACCCGGAUUGAACAUUGAUGGGCCGUCCAUGUCUAUUAUGGGUUCCGAGACGGCCAAGUUUGGUUUCGGCAAGGACGCUGGUAUUGCCGAGAGCUCGUACGAGGAAGGCCGCGAAGCUAUCGCGCCCACCCGCCAAGGAACAGGUAUUGACCGUGCAGCGGCCGCCGUCGAGACCUGGCUUCGCGGCGCGCUCGCAAAGGGACCGGGCACGCCACUGGGCAAGGCGCGUGCCGGCCGCAGUGAUCAUCCCAACGAUCUCAUUGAGCUCACGGACACGAUGAGUGACGACGGCCGGGGCGGGUUCGUUGACAACGCGCUGAAUGUGGAUGGCUUGUCACUGGGCACCCUCUGGCGCUCUGGGGCCGGAGACAAGUCCAGCGGCCACAGCAUCCGUCUGACCGUCUGUCGCAACUGCGGCCGCUUCUGCGACAAGUACGUGGAGCAUGACUUUGUCGUGCUCUUCAUAGACCUCGUGCUUAUCAAGCCACAAGUCUACCGGCACCUCCUGCACAAUACUCUGAUGCGCGAUGGGGAUCGUUUUGAUCCAUCCAUUGUGCGAUUGGGUGUCUUGCUACUGCUCUUUGACGUCUACUUGACCUGGGCGCGGAUCGAGAAGAAAAGCCUGCCCGAGUCGGAAACAGGUCAGAGCACGCUGGGACAGUUGGCGCAGCAGCCCAUUGUCUUCCAGUAUCUAUUUUUCCUCAUCCUCUGCGCCGUGUCCACGUUCGCCUUCCAUGCCAGCAUCCGCUUUCUCACCUCGUCCCGCUACUCGCCGCUCGUCCUCGCCGGUCUGCUCCCUCGCUUCUCUCGUCCCAACUCCGUGUCCACCGCCCUGCUCGUGUCCUCGUCCACGAAGCUGUUUCCGAUUCUUAUGGUGAUCUGGGAAUACGACGUGCCCGCCGCGGCGCGCUCGCUGGGCUGGGCGGUGGUGGCCAACAAUGUCGAGGCGCUGCGGAUCCUCCUCGACUGCAGGUACUACACGGCUGCCAUCCUGGCGAUUCUGGGCGCUGCGGCACGAUGGAUGACCGGCUGGCUGAUCCUCGCGUCCGUGCGUCUGGGCGACUGGAACUCGAUCACCGAGAGUGACAUUGCGGCGGACGGCAAGGCAUUCUGGGGGUAUCUCAUGUAUGCGAUCCAGUGGGCAGGAAGACUAGCGGCAGGGUGA